UUAUGGCUAUGCGGAAGGCAGCUCCAGUCGGGAAGUAACUAUUUCACUGUCUACCACCAAGAGAUCAGGUGGGGCCUACGUCAGACCGCUCGUGGAGUACGCCAACCAAGUUGUCUACUCAGGACGUACGAAAGACGUCACCCUCAUUGAGCGUGUCCAGCGGGCCACCACGAGAAUGGUUGCCGGCCUCAAAUCCGUGGACUACGAAACGCGUCUCGCGAUGCUUGAUCUCUUUCCCCUGGAGUACCGUCGCCUCCGAGGGGACCUAAUUCUUACUUACGCCCUGUUUGAACAAAGCUUGGCAAACAGGUUUUUUACCGUUGACCCAGCAAACACCCGGCGGGGACAUAGCUUCGUGUCCAAUUCGAUGAGCAGUCGACUUCGUUCAACAGCUAUGGUUUUGGGUCUUGGACUCGGAAUGUUCACCGCUCAGGGUAUCUGUUCGGGAAACGAACGAUUUUAUAGAGAACUUCUGAUGCCCGCCUUACACAGGGUGAUCCCAGAUGGAGAAACAGCGCAUUUUAUGGCUGUGAAGGCCUUGCGCUAUGGAUUUGGCCCACAUCGACGGGAUGUAGCUGUUCCAUCCCUCCGCUGCAAUGUCUUUGGUCUGGAUUUUGAUCACCCUGUUGGUGUUGCAGCUGGAUUCGACAAAAACGGUGAAGCUAUUAUUGGCUUGUUGGACGCAGGCUUCUCCCAUGUGGAAGUUGGCACAGUCACACCGAAACCCCAGCCUGGAAAUCCUCGCCCGCGCGUUUUCCGGUGGCCGGAACGAGAGGCAGUCAUUAACAGGUAUGGUUUCAAUAGUGAGGGACAUGAUGCCGUAUAUGAACGUCUCAAAGACCGGGUUUGGCAAGGUCGAGGCGUUGUCGGAGUGAAUUUGGGUUGUAACAAGCAAUCACCAGACCCUGUCGCUGAUUUUGUCGCUGGAGUGAAAAGGUUUGGAGAAGUUGCUGAUUACUUGGUCAUCAAUGUAUCCAGUCCAAACACACCGGGACUCCGCUCCAUGCAAAAUAAACAAAAAUUGAAGGAAUUGCUUGGUCAGGUUCUCACUGCUCGGUCAAAGCUCACCAAACGGACUCCAAUUCUCUUAAAAAUCUCACCCGAUGAGAGUGACGAAUCGCUCAAGGAUAUCGUAGAAACGGCCAUGAAUCCAAUGACCAAAGUAGAUGGCUUGAUUGUUUCCAAUACAAGUUUGGCCUCUUAUGACGAAGCACUCGCCUGCCACGCUGCUCCCCCACCGGAUGAACUAGACACACCUUCAGAUGGGAUAGUUUGGGGCGGUCUAAGUGGUCGUCCCCUAUUCGACCGGUCAACUGUCUGUCUCACCAAAGUGGCUGCGUUAACAAAAGGUCAACUCCCUUUGGUCGGCGUCGGUGGUAUAUUUGAUGGAGAAGAUGCUGCGAAGAAGUUGUCAGCUGGAGCAUCGCUGGUGCAACUGUACACGGGUCUGAUCUAUCAAGGACCGCCGGUCGUCCGUCGCGUGACUCGAGAGCUGGAGGAACUUGUAACAAAUGGGGAUAAACGACAACAAUCCGGAUGACAUUUCCUUAUCCACGUAUUCUCUUUGACUUUUGUUACAAUUGAAUAUUUUCAAGCAUCAUUUGGCUUUUGCAAACUGGCAAGCUCCAUGUCAUCCGCCAAUGGGGCUGGUUUGAGUCCAUCUACGGAAAGUCUGCGAAACUGUCAAUGCUUCACCUAGUGGAGAGUAAACCAACUGUGCUGUGGCUUUAACUGCAUCCAAAGAUUAGUCGUGCGGCGGGUUUUUUAACCUCUACUUUGAAGGGGAAAAUGAUUCAGGACGUACGCAUUAUGGUUGAAUAGACAGAUUACUGAUGGUUGAUUGGAUGGUCGUUGAUCUGUUCACCAAGCUUGGCAAUUGGCUUGCAUACGUUUCGUCCCCAGUCGAGGAGACGUUUUGAGUGCGCACUCAACAAGACUUGUGAUGAAUACGCUUCUCUGGGGAUAAAAGUUGAGACAUACUGUUUGUUCCUCCAUAUAAACCUAUACCGCCUUUCCUUCGAACCUACUGAUACGUCCUAUCUCUUCCCCUAACCCCAGUGUGUUCUGUACUUUAUUUGUGACUUCGUGGAAAUUUCAUUAAUCUUGGUAUCUGUUCAGUGCAGUGUAGCUUGAACACACGCGACGUUGUCAAAUAGACAAAGAUAAACCUACCGUCUUGGGGCCACAUAUUUAUCUUGUACUCUGUAUUCUGUUGUUGACGUUGGCCGCGUCGUAAUCCGAUAGAUCAAAGAUGUUCCGCUUCAUCAAUCUGCUGGAUUUUGGAAAGCCAAACUUCAAAAUAUCGGUUUCGAAAGCUUUGAAUAUGAAUGUUAAAGAACCAAAUAACUCCCUUCGCCGCAACGAAAGCUACAUGAUCAACCGAAUAAUAUUGGUUGCAGACAUGUUUUCAACUCAGGCCUGGAGUGAUUUCAGCCUUUGGUCUUGCUCCCUCUCUCUGUCGCGACCGUCUAUUUCAUGGCGCUUGUCUACGUUUCAGGCAACCUAGUUUUUCGAAUUUCAAUGCCCUUUUGUAUCCGAUUGUUUUGAUGCGAUUGUUACUAAUAGUAGAAUCGACCACCC